AUGGGGAGGCCACUUCCUGUUGGUGGAGGACCACAUGCUGGUAGGAGGGAGUCCACAAGACUGUUCUCUGUCCCUCACUGUGUUCUACCCACCGCGCGCUCCAUCCUUCACUCCUGCCCCGUAGGGUGUCCACUCAGUGUUAGCUGCCACAUCGUCUCUGUCCUCCUGACAAGGACAAGGGUCCAGCUGGGACCUUUGGCAAACCAGAGAGAGAAAUUGGACGUUUUGCUGAUGUUUCAAGUCAGGCUCUUCAGAGGGGUCAGCUGGAAACCCAGAGGCAGCCACAGGUGGGGUGUGAGGGUGGCCACCUUGAGAGAAUGCUGGACCUCCACACCCAUUGCGGCUCAUUACCUUUGCAUCUCACCUUCCCGCUUUGGGGAAAGAACCUCUGGUUCAUACAGUACCCACCCGGUUCUCAAGGCCACCUUCAGGGCCCUGGGGGCACUGCCAUGCCAUUUGGACCCAGAGACCCAGUCCUCAGCCCUGCCCCCUCUCUCCCCCUGGGAUAUGACAUGCGUGGUGUUUCCUGUGGUAAGAGACUGA